AUGAGAGCUCAAAGCAUAAAAAGGCCAAGCAUAAACAUACUAUCUUUUCAUAUGCCAAGGAAAGCAAAAGCUGCAAAAAGGAUAAUGCCAGCCCCUACACCGAUGACUGCAUAUCCGAUAUAUUUCACGUCUAACGCUUGAGCAAAUUCAGAGUCUUGCAGAUCGUAUCCAAUCCAAAUAAUCACAGACCCUAUCCCCUAUUUAGGCUUUACAAGCAUGAUUAUACAGCAAACAUAG